AUGUUAGUUUUAGAUCUAUUGAAAGCUGAAGAUCAAUUAGAUGCUAUUAAAAAAGAGGCUGCUAAUAAGGAAAGAACAGAUUUAAAUAAAACAGACGAAGCUUUGAAAGAAGAAAAUGAAAGAUUGAAAAAAGAUUUGAAACAAGAGGUUUUGAAAUCCAAGGAUCAUGAGAUUUUGAAAAAACAAGCUGAACAACAAAAUGCUGAAUAUAUUAGGUUAACUGAUAGAUUAAAUGAAUAUGAAAGGAUUAUAACAAAUCAGUCUGAUGAAAAGAAAAAAAGUGUCUAA